AUGUGUGUGUCUUCCAAUCGCAUUCUUCAGACGGUGACAUUCUUUGAAGAAAAAAGUGCAAAACUUGCUCUUGGACUCACAUUCAUACUCUCCUCUUCCCCAGCCCACUUGCUCUUCAGGACGAAGCUGACGCCUGAGGGAGGAGCGGGGCGGCGGGAAGGGGGCGCCGCGGGGGCAGGGAGCGCAGCAGCCGCAGCGCGAAGGCGCGGGGGCCGGGGAACAAACGGUUGGCGCGCAGGCAGCCAUACCGGGGCCGAAGCCCGGGCAGAGGAGGGCAGCGACGGCGAUGGGGAGGCUGCAGAGCCCGGGGCGGGUACUGCGCGGGAACCAGCGCGACUGCGUGGCUACCGCAGCCGUCGGUUCGUGUUGGACGGGCGCCGCUGCUGCCUCUGCUACUUCAAGAAACCCCACGACCCGCUGCCCCUCGGCCGCCUGGACAUAGCGGAAGCCUGCUUUAGCUACCAGCGCGCCGACGAGGCGGCGGAGCAGCCUGCGCACUUCCAGGUGCGUAGCGCGGGAGCCGCCACGGUGCUUGAGUUUUCAAGACACUGUGAAGCCCCUGAUGCGAAACAGCAGUUACCGCAGGCCAUGGAGGAGCAGGCACAGCUGAAAGCACACCUAGGGCAGCAGGGCCCUCCAAGGUGGAGCACCAGCUACAAGCAGAGGCUGACCACCUGCAGAAGGAGCUGGAGAGUCUGGCAGCUCCGAGCCCAGGAGCAAGACACUGAGGGCUUCAGUCACCCGAACCAGGAGUAGGAGGAGAGGCUGCUGGAGCUGGAGCAGGUGGCCGAGCUCUUGGGGGAGCAGGCAGAGUCACGCAGGCAAAUCCUGGAGACCAUGCAGAACAAAUGCACCACCAUCAGCCACGUGCUCACCCAGAACCACGAGCUCAAAGAGUAGCUGUCUCCGCUGCAGAACGGAUUCAUAAAGCUGGUGCGUGACCCCAUCUGGAAAGCCUGCCCUCCUCCCUAGCACUCCCGGCCUUUGUUUUCCCACCCAUAAAAUGAGGCAGUGUACCCCUAAUGUGAGAUGGUAAUUCUGAAGGUACCUGUGAACCAGAGCCCUGCUCUGAUGGCUGUGGGGAAGAGGAAAUGAUUUUUCUAACCUGCCUCCACCCUUCCCGGUGCCAUGGGAGGCAGACACCAAGUUCUGGGGUCUCCAGCUGCAGUGGGUGGCCGCCAAUUGCUUCUCUCUGUCCAGACUAACGAGAACAUGGAGAUCACCAGUGCACUGCAAUUGGAAUAGCACGUAAAGAGGGAGCUGGGAAAGAAGCUGGGCAAGCUAAAGGAGACGGUAACCCUGCCCCAUCCAAGAAGAGCUGGAAGGCGGGCACCAGCCUCUGGGGAGCGAGGUGUGAAGCCAGAGGCAGCUCCAGCCUGGGGGACAGGUGACCCCAGCACCCUCCAGGGCAGUCUUGUGACUGUUUCUUGCUUCCCGCCCUCUGACAUUUAGUGGUGGGCUCCUCCUAGGUCUGGACAUCAUCAUCCCAGCUAGAGUCAUGGAGCCCCCCAAACAUAGGGAAAGAGAUGGCGGUAUAAGAGACUCCUUAGAGUCAAACUAGAUUCCGGCCUUGGCUCCACUGAUCACCUACUUUUCAUCUCUAAGUCUCGGUUUCUUUAACUUAAAAGGGAAGUUAGCACCUUCCUCUUGGAGGUGCUGAGGAUUAAAUGAGAUAAUACGUGGAAAGCAUUAGGCAUGUAGCACAGUUAGCAGAUGGUGCUUGGCUCCCUCUGCUUUUCCAUCAGUCUGUGGCCUAGUUUAAAUGGUGGGAGGAAGGAUGUGAGAUUCAAGGCUGGUUGUAAGGGAUCAGUCAGUGUAGUUGGAAAAAUUGUAAGAUGAAGUUAUAGGAUAUAGACACAAACCUUCCCGGAAGGCCAGAAAGUCUGCAUAGCUUCAGUAAAGGAUUUGGCUGAAAGCAGCGUAAUCCGCUUUACCUUGAGUUGAUAGCAAUAGAGCAAAUAACAUGGGAACGUGGGGGAGUUUAUUGAAUAGCUUGUUUACUCAUGUGGUCCUAAGACCAACCUUUGAUUAUCCACGGGUGCAUGAUUGCUCUCUACUCGGUGGUCGGCAAAUUUAAUUACUCACAGGUGUGUUGACUUACAGCCUCUGUCAUUAAAUCUAUGCUGAAUAAAUGCUGUCAGGGCCAGCUAGUCAAGGUGCACAACUCUUUGUGUGUGUAGCCUGGCCCCUUAGCUGCUCUGUCACUGAAUAUCGGUGUCUGAGUAUGUUAUUCAUCUGCCGUGCAGCUGGGGUUUGCAGGACAGACCCCUGCAAGUGGUGUCCCGUGUGAGGCACACUGUGAAGGAUCACAACGGACCCCUCGAAAACAAAGGUGAAAAGAACUGCGCAGUCAGUAAGUCAGUAAGUCAUUGAUGCCCGCUCGGAAUUUCCAAGUUUGGCGGGGAUUGUUCAGGCUAGGGUUUCAUCAUGGGACAACAGUUAUCAGCUCAACAGGAACAGUAUAUAAAAGUAUUGAAGCAGCUGGUUAAAACUAGUGGAGCCUCGUUUUCACAGGCUCAAUUAAGGGACCUAAUGCAAACUGUUGUCUCACAUAACCCAUAGUUCCCAGAAAAAGGAACGCUAGACGUAGAGCUCUGGGAACAAGUGGGGAGAAAUCUUAAUCAGCAUCAUGUGCAAGGGCAACGGGUCCCAGUAUCAUCUUUAAUGCUAUGGGCCUUAGUCAGGGCAGCCCUGGCUCCAUUAUACACAGAAGAGCCUAAAAAGGGGAAGGAGGAGGAACCGUCACCUGCUUUACCACCUCCUUUUCCCUCAGCCCCAAUAUCGCCAGGCCAAAAUAACAAAGAGGAAAUGGAGGUUUUGCCUGAGCCCCCUCCUCCAAUAAAUAGGAAAAAAGACAAGAGCUAUGCUACAGCUAUGGGACCCUUUCUUAGGCAAGAGGCAUUAAGGGGGGAGCUCUUAGCCUGCCUGGUAAUACAAGGUUGACAGGGCAAUUGGGUAUAUAAACCCAUUUCUUUUAACACUUAUAAAAAGUUAAGAAAAAGCAUUAGAGGCUGAAACCGCGUGGCCAAGUGGGUGGUAGGCAGAAGGAAAUACUUGGCAGCAAAGGAAGCUCGCAGAGCUGGAGCCAGCGAGUGCUUCCAGGAACUCGGCCUGCACAGAGGCAGCAGUGACAAGGAGCCAGGCCCAGCACACCAGAGCUGGCCUGCUAGGGAGGGGCAGGAGGCGUGCACGAAGGUCCACCCAGCUGGCAGCAGCUGCCCAGCGGCAGCAGGGUGUGGGAGCAGCACAGACAAAAGGUGGCACAGACAAAAAGCAGCGCCUGAGCAAGCGCAACAUGGCCGCCGCCCCGGGACCCGCUGGCUAGACUCUCUGGCUCCGCGGGUGGCCCAUGGCAAAAUUUCAUGUGUUCCUUGUAUACAAGCGACAUCCCAGAUUAUAAUUCUCUGCUAAGAUUUAAGUACAAUUUAAGAAUUUAAAACACCUCUUUCUAAUAAUGGCCACUGUUGCUUUUACACUAUUCCCCUGGCAAAGCAAGACAGAGAAAAAUUUGCGUUUACAAUACCAGCUAUCAAUAUUGAAAGGUCAGCUUGCCGAUUUCAUUGGAAAGUGCUUCCUCAAGGAAUGCUAAACAGUGCUGCCAUGUGUCAGUAUCAUGUAAAUCAAGCUUUGUUCCCCAGUAGAAAAGAAUUUCCUCAUUGCAAGGUUAUUCAUUUUAUGGAUGAUAUUCUACUCGCAGCCCCAGUGGAGCCAAUGCUUUUAAGUUUAUAUACCUCUGUCAUAAAGAAUGCACAGCUAAGUGGUUUAAUCAUUGCACCUGAAAAAGCACAAAUGUCCUCUCCUUGUAAGUAUCUUGGGUACAUACUUCCUGGUCAGUAAGACCUCAAAAUGUUAAAUACUAGCAACUUACAGACCUUAAAUGGUUAUCAGAAAUUACUAGGUAAUUUUAACUGGCUUCACCCCACCUUGGGCAUUCCUACUUAUAAGCUGCAAAACCUGUUUUCUAUCUUAAAGGGUAACACAGCCCUGGAUUCUCCCAGAUAUUUAACCCCUGCAGCAAAAAAAAAAAAAAAAAGAGAGAGAGAGAGAUGGAAGAAAUAGAACAGGCUAUUUCUCAAAGACAACUAAAUCUCAUAGAUCCAGAAUAUUCCGUUCAAUUGUUUAUUUUUAUUUUUCCCACUAAACACUCCCCUACAGGGUUAAUAGGACAAAUGGUCCCAGAGCUACGCUUUCUAGAAUGGAUUCUUUGCUCACAUACCGAGACUAAAACACUAUCUCCCUAUAUCCAGUUAAUCAGUAAAGUCAUAUAUUCAGGCCACAGAUAGUUCACUCCCCCAUACCUAAUGCUUUAACACUGUUUACUCAUGGUUCUAGUAAACAUGGAAAAGUGGCAGUCCGGUGGAGACCACAUAAUUCCAUCAAUUGAUCUGGAUUUACUAACACUCAGAGAGCUGAGAGUGGGGCCUUGAUAUUGGCUUUGGAAACUUUUUCCACUCAGCCCCUCAAUAUUGUUAGUUACUUGGCUUACUCUGUUUAUUUACUGCAGAACCUUGAGACAGCCCUAAUUAAGUCCACUCUGGAGCCCACCCUGUGUGCUCUUUGACUUCAGCAAUUGCUAGAUCAGUGUACACAUCCUAUUUUUAUUACAUUCAGGGCCACAGCUGACUGCCUGGCUCACUGGCUUAUGGCAAUGAUGAAGCAGACCUUCAGGUUAUGACAUCAGUGCUUGACCAAGCCACCCAAUCGCAUCAAUUUUUCUACCAAAACUGGAGAAACUUGUCUAAACAAUUUCAACUUACCCAGAGGCUGGCUAAACAAAUAAUCCUGCAAUGUCGAGAUUGCCAGCUCACAGGCACAUACCCUCCUUCAACCCUAGAGGAUUGGAACCUAAUAAGUUAUGGCAAACAGACGUUACACACAUCCCUGAAUUUGGAAAACUUAGAUACGUAAAUGUAUCCAUUGAUACCAAUUCUCAUUUAAUUUGUGCAAACGCCCUUCCUGGAGAGUCUACUGGAUAUGUCAUUAAACAUCUUCUUUUAACUUUUGCAUUUAUGGGGCAACCCACAAAAAUUAAAACUAAUAAUGAUCUAGCUUAUGCCAGCUCACAAUUUCAACAAUUUUGUCACAUGUGGAACAUCCAACAUUCCACAGGCAUCCCGUAUAACCCCCAAGGACAAGCCAUAGUAGAAUGUGCCCACUCCACCCUUAAAAAUAUGCUCAAAAAACAAAAAAAGGGGAGUAUGGGUAAGGACCCUGCAACAUUAUUGGCACAAGCCUUAUUUACCCUUAAUUUUUAAAAUUUAGAUGACAAAUUUCAGUCCGUUGUAGAAAAGCACUUUGCUAAAACCUCUCAAGACAUAAAACUGCAUUUUUAUGGAAAGAUGUGAACAGUAAUGUAUGAUGUGGUCCAAAUGAAUUGUUAACUUGGGGAAGAGGAUAUGCUUGUGUUCACACCCCUUCAGGUCCUCUUUGGAUUCCAGCACGACGCAUCAAACCAUACCAUGACGUGACUAGGACCCAACCUGGUAGCAGAAAUGAAAGAACUGACCCUACAGGACUCACAACCCUGGAUAAUGCCGUAUCCUCGGACGGCAACAAGCUCUGGACAUUACCUGGGGGAUGCUGAAGGCGGCAACUCAGGAGGCUGAAUGAAUCCUGCUACAGACACAGACACCAUUCACUCCAGAUAAUUUGUUUGUUGCUAUGCUCUCUGUUGUACAUUGCAACUCGCAUAGGGUAUUGAUACUUCAUAUGCUCUUGCUUUGUCUGAAACCUGUACCUGGUGCACUCUAUUGGGCUCAUAUUUUAGAUCCACCUUUCUUUCACCCUGUCACCUGGUCAGACACCUCCUUUUCAGCCUUUAAUAACAUAACUGCUUGGCUAGGAGGGAUAGAUUUACCCCCAGUGGGGUCCCUCAUUAAUGGCACACAUUAAACUAAGGUGCCAGGUAACACUACAUAUCAUUCCACUAUCCUCCCACUGUGUGUAAGUUAUAAAGGUUCUAACCCUGACUGUGUACCUGCCCAAACACAAUUAUGGCUACAUCAUGGCAAAGGAGAUGCCUUAACAUUCCUAGCUGCAGGUAGCCUCAAACCGGGCGAUGCAAUCAAUGCCACUUUCCCAAACAUUCCUUCCUGUGCUACAGAACAAAGCCGGAAAAGUAAUGGAUUCCACUUUAGCUGGGAGGUCUGUCAUGGGGAAUAAGCCCAUAUGCUCCAGUUAGGCAAUUAUAACAUCUUAGACUGGAGCCCCCACAGCCACUUGCAGGGCAGCCUUACUAAUGUCCUCAUCCAUCAUGGCACCAAUCACAGUUUCAUAGCCACGUCCCAUUCCCCUAUGAUUUGGGCCUAUGGGGGGAUGGGAUAUUCCAGACCCCAAGUAAAGUCCAUGUCACCCCAAGACACUUUGUGGCGCUUGGGACAUCUUAGCACCUCCUUUGACACCUGGCAUUGGACAUAUCAUAAUUCCAGUCACAACUAUACUAUAACCUUUAUUCAUAAUCACACUGAUCAGUGCCUGAUUUGCACUACCCAUCCAUAUGUUUUCCUUGUGGGAACUAAUAUUUCUGUUAUACCCCAAAACUCCAUGUUUGUGACCCAGGUGCAGGGACAGCCUUGGUUCACCUCAUGUAUUACUAAUUACAAUAUAUCUAAUUAUAAAUAUUACUAGAGUCUUGGUAUUAAGGAGACAAUCUGAGGCAUUCCCACCAGUCAAUUUGACAUGCGGUUGGCAAGGUUCCUCUGCCCUUCCCACUUUAGAUCGUGCCCUGUCCCAGGUCAGACCCGAAAGAUUCAUAGGCACACUUAUAGCCUUCAUAGUCUCAGCCAUAGUCAUCCUAGCAACUGCUAGUGUGGCUGUAGCAUCUAUUACUGAAUCAGUAUAAACAGCUGUUUUUGUAGAUAAUUUGGCCAGAAAUGUUUCUAAUGAACUUCUCUUACAGCAAGGUAUAGAUCAAAAGAUUCUUGCACAUCUGCAAGCCCUCGAGGCUGCCCUUGGAAUAUGUGGGGGAGUGACAAGAUGCACUGGCAUUCCAAUAGCAAUUAAACUGUGACUGGGAGCAUAAACAUAUCUGUGUCACUUCUCUACCAUGGAAUCAGUCAAUGCAUAGUUGGGAUGAGGUGAAACAACACCUCUGGGGAACCUUUCAUGACAAUUUAACAGCAGACAUAAGGCAACUUAAAAAUACAAUUUUAGAAUCCCUUCAAACUGUAGAUCUACACACCCAACAAACAGCCAUAUGGAAGGGUGUGUGAGAUCAUCUCUCCUGGAUAGACCACCGCUCCUGGGGGCGGGGGGUGGUGGGUCACUCCUUGAUUGGAAAAGAAUGUUGCUAAUUAUACUCAUGUUUGUCUUAUGUUAUUUACUAAUUUUAGGAUGCAAAGCCGGAAUAAGAGCAAUGACCACCAUGCCUGACAGACCUGUUGCUGCGCACACCUGUACUCUCCAAUGAACAAGACUGAAUGCAAAAAAACAGAAAAUGGGGAGAUUUAGGGGAUCAGUCAGUGUGGUUGGAAAAUUUUAAGAUGAAGUUACAGGAUAUAGACACAAACCUUCUUGGAAGGCCAGAAGGUUUGCAUAGCUUCAGUAAAGGAUUUGGCUGAAAUCCUUUUUACCCCUAAUGCCCUUCACCUUGAGUUGAUAGCAAUAGAGCAAAUAACGUGGGAAUGUGGGGGAGUUUAUCUGAAUAGCUUGUUUACUCAUGUGGUCCUAAGACCAACCUUUGAUUAUCCGCAGGUGCAUGAUUGCUCUCUACCUGGGGGCAGGGGGAGUUAAUUACCCACAGGUGUGUUGACUCAAAGCCUUUGUCAUUAAGUCUGUGCUGAAUAAAUGCCAUGAGGGCCAGCUAGUUAAGGCCUGUGGCCGCCACAACUCUUUCUGUGCAUGGCCCGGCCCCUUAGCUGCUCUGUCACUGAAUAUCGGUGUGAGUAUGUUAUUCAUCCGCUGGGCAGCUGGGGUCUGCAGGACAGACCCCUGCAGCUGGGGAAGGAGGCAUGGGACUCUGGGAAAGGGAGGCAGUCAUUUAGGCCUGGAGCCAAGGGGCCAGGGGCCUGGGUAGGCAACAGAGCCACACAGUGACCUUGCUACCCUAUUUAUG